AUGGCCGAGGAUAUGGAAAUAGAUGACUCUUUGUACAGCCGACAGCGCUAUGUCUUGGGAGACAGUGCUAUGCGUCGUAUGGCAAACUCUAAUGUCCUUAUCUAUGGUAUGGGAGGCCUCGGCAUUGAAAUAGCCAAAAAUGUAGUCUUAGCUGGUGUGAAGUCUCUGACAGUGCAAGAUCCAAGAACAUCUUCUGUGCAGGAUCUCGGCACUAAUUUUUUUAUACGUGAAAGCGAUGUUGUGGCAUCCAAAAAUAGGGCAGAAGCCUGCUCACCACACCUGGCUGAGCUGAAUCCUUACGUAAGCAUCAUGACUAUGACCCAGCCUUUGACAACCAGCUGUGACUUGACCUACUUACGAAACUACCAGUGUGUGGUUCUAACGGAAUGUCCCCUUAGAAUACAGCUCCAGAUUAACCAGUUCUGUCGGGCCUCAUCUCCACAGAUCAAAUUCAUUUCAGCAGAUGUGUUGGGCAUAUUUGGUAUGACAUUUGUUGACUUUGGGGACAGUUUUGAAGUGUUUGAUGUCAAUGGAGAGGAGCCUAAAGAUAUAUUUGUCAGUGAUAUAACAAAGGGUAAUCCCGGCAUUGUGACAUGCAUGGAGAAUAGAGUGCAUGGCCUUGAGACGGGAGAUGUCGUUACAUUCCGAGAGGUCAAAGGCAUGAAGGCUGUUAAUGGUCGCCAGUUUCCUGUCAAAGUGGUUAAUGCCUUCGCCUUCAGCAUCGGAGACACAUCAUCUGCAGAGUUUGAACCAUAUAUCGAAGGAGGCAUAUUCACCGAGGUCAAAGUUCCAAAAACAGUGUCUUUUAGUUCGCUGGAGCAGCAGCAGUUGGAGCCCUCUUUACUGACACCCGAUUUAUGCAAAUUUGAUGCACCACCAGUGUUGCAUGUUGCAUACUUAUCCUUGCAGUCAUAUUGGGAACAAUAUGGCAGCUUCCCCAAAGCCUGGGAUGAUGUGGAUGCAAACAAAUUACUGUCCAUCGCUAAAGGAGUCAACAAUUCUCUGAAGAACAAGGUAGAUGAUUUGAAUGAGAAUUUUCUGCAAACACUGUCAAGGUGCUGCACUGGUUGUUUGGCCCCUUUGUGUGCGGUGUUUGGUGGUAUUGUAGCUCAGGAAGCUUUGAAAGCCCUCACUGGAAAGUUCACACCCCUGAACCAGUGGCUGUAUCUUGAUGCCAGUGAAGUUGUACCACGAGAGGACAUUGUCAAUUUAGAACAGUUCACACCUCGUGGUGAUAGGUAUGACCCACUGCGGAUCUGUAUUGGGGAAAAAAGAUGUCGGACACUAGCAGACACAAGAUUGUUCAUGGUGGGAUGCGGAGCUAUAGGCUGUGAAAUGCUGAAAAACUAUGCCUUGUUGGGUAUUAGCACAGGCUCAGGGAAGAUCACAAUCACAGACAAUGACCUUAUAGAAAAGUCAAAUCUAAACAGGCAAUUCCUGUUCAGACCUAAUCAUAUACAGAAACCAAAGUCAGAAACUGCAGCACAAGCAGCAUUAGAAAUAAAUCCAGAAAUGAAGAUAGAAGCUCAUCAACAUAAAGUGUGUUCGGAAACUGAAAAUACUGUGUACACUGAUGAGUUUUUUGAGAGUCAAGAUAUUAUUGUCAAUGCACUGGAUAAUCUGGAAGCCAGGCGAUAUGUGGAUGGACGGUGUGUAACAAACCAGAGGCCUCUGAUGGAAUCAGGAACUAUGGGAACAAAAGGUCAUGUACAGGUCAUUGUCCCUCAUGUGACCGAAUCAUACACUAGCCAGCAAGACCCACGAGAUGAAGAUUAUCCCUACUGUACUAUCCGGUCAUUUCCAUCAACACUGGAACACUGCAUUGAGUGGGCAAGAGACAAGUUUGAGGAGUGUUUUGUGGAGAGUGCCCAGCUGUUCAACAAAUUCUUUGACACUCAUCCAGAUCUGCAAGCUGUCGUACAGGAGCUGCUGUCUGGUACAUCUAUCAAUGGUGCUGUCAAGGUCAGCAAGCUGCUGGCAAAUCAGCCCAAGUCUUGGAGCGAUUGUGUGGCCCUGGCACGAAUUCGAUUUGAGAAAUACUUCAAUCAUAAGGCAAAAAAUCUACUUCAUGCAUUUCCUGCAGACAAAAGACUAGAAGAUGGAGCUCUGUUUUGGGCAUCUCCCAAAAGACCACCAAGGCCUCUUGAGUUUGAUCCGUCUGAUAAUACACAUGUGCUGUUUGUGACAACCACUGCUAGGCUGUAUGCUGAUAUAUACAAAGUCAAUUGGACAGAAGAGGAUCUUGAAUGGAAGAACAUAGAAUCCAUCUUGUCCCAGGUGCAUGUGCCAGAGUUUCGACCAUCUAACAAGAGAAUUGUCACUGAUGAUACAGUCAGCAAGGAUGCAGCUUCUACCCAGCAAGUAUCAGAUGAUGUGGUUGAGGAGGCGGGCUUGAGAAUCCAGAGGGUGUGCCAGUCUGGAAACAAAUCAGCUUUUAAUCGCAUGUGUGCCUUGGACUUUGAGAAGGAUGAUGAUUCAAAUGGUCAUAUCGACUUUAUUGCAUCAGUUACGAAUCUGAGGGCCCAGAUGUACAACAUUGAAAAUGGAGACCGUCUAAAGAUCAAGAAGAUUGCAGGCAGGAUUGUGCCUGCUAUUGCCACCACAACUGCUGCAGUGUCAGGUCUGGUAACCAUUGAGUUGAUCAAAGUCUUGCACAAGGCUCCACUGGAACAACUGAAGAAUUGUUUCCUGAACCUUGCCUUGCCUGUGAUACUUCUGUCGGAACCAGGGCCAGUUACUAAAACUGUACUUCGAGAAGGACUUAGCGUCACCAUCUGGGACAAGUGGGAGAUCAGAGGCUCCCCAGCAUUCACUCUGCAGAACUUCAUUGAUCAGUGCAAGGAGCAGUUUGGGUUUGAAGCUAGCUCCGUGGUUCAAGGGGUGAAGAUUGUCUAUAUGCCUUUCAUGCCAGGACAUGCAAAGAAACUGCCAUUACUAAUGAAGGACCUCUUGAAACCGUCUCCUGGCCAGAAGUACACCGAUCUCAUUGUGUCCUUUGAUAACGAUGAUGGAGAUGAUGUUCCAGGGCCGCCUGUCAGAUAUUAUUUUUGA